AUAUCCUACCCAACCGACUUAACCUCGUAUCCUUUUAUUUACCCCAUCUUUGCGUCCCGUAUGUAUUGCCAUAAGCUUUUCAUUGCUUCCCCUUUGUUCGUGCAAAUAUGGUCACCAGGAAAAACAUAAUGCCAGGCUUCCUCUGCAGCUGUUUCUUCAUCCUUUUUUGCAUCUAUCAUUGCUGCUCCUCCCAAAAGACCUGCCCCGACUGUGGUUUCAUGAAAGUUCCGUAUCCACUAAGCACAAGCCCCGACUGUGGUGACCCCGACUACUCUCUCCAUUGUGACCCCUCCUCUAAGAAACUCUAUGUUCAUGCCCUCAAUGGAAGUUACUAUCUUGUUCUUCAAAUCAUGGCUACGUAUCAGCGCAUGGUGGUACAACCGUCCCCAUGGCUGCCCGGAAAAUGUGUUACUCAGGACUUGGUGGUGAGUGAGGGCCUCUGGUUGAAUCAGUCACUUCCUUUCAACAUCACUUCGUCGAAUACUAUCUUCCUUUUCAACUGCUCUCCGCGGCUCUUGGUUUCUCCUCUCAAUUGCACUUCAUCUAGCCUCUGUCACCGGUACUUAGAAAGCUCAGGACACAUUGAUACAAACCGAGCACUACAGUGCGAAAACAGGCUUAAUCUUUGCUGCACAUUUGUUGCUGGUGGUAUGCCUUCAGCAUACAAGAUUCGGCUUCACAGCUCAGGCUGCAAAGCCUUCAGAAGCAUCCUUCAUUUGGAUAUAAACAAGCCUGCGAGCCAAUGGGAAGAGGGAUUGGAAAUUCAAUGGGCAUCUGCUCUUGAACCAAUUUGUAGAACACAACUUGAUUGCUCUUCAGAUUCCAAAUGUUCGCCUACGGGUUCAAGCGGUGUCUCACGCUGCCUUUGCAAUAGGGAGUACUAUUGGGAUCAUCUUGAUGGCACUUGCUCAAAGAAGAAGAGGAACACGAAAGCGGGUCUGACUCUGAAGGUCUCGAUUGGGGUAAUCUCAUUUUUCAUUGUAGCGGCAGUUAUAGCAAUUGUCACAGUGAAAAGAUCCUGCAAAUUCUCGGACCAGAAGAAACUUACCAAGGCAAGAGAAGACAUGUUGAAGAGCAAUAGUGAUGGGAAAUCAGCUCGAAUGUUUCACUUGAAAGAUGUGAAGAAAGCCACCAAUGGUUUCUCCAAACAGAGAGUUUUGGGGAGUGGUGGAUUUGGAGAAGUGUACAAAGGAGAGCUCGAAGAUGGGACUCUCGUCGCCGUCAAGUCAGCAAAAGUUGGCAACAUCAAGAGCACAGAACAAGUACUAAAUGAAGUUGGGAUACUCUCCCAAGUCAACCACAAGAACCUGGUCAGACUCUUGGGAUAUUGCGUGGAAGCUGAGCAGCCAUUGAUGCUCUAUGAGUACAUCUCCAAUGGCACUCUCAGUGACCAUUUACACGGCAAGUUUUCGACAUUUCUUGACUGGAAAACUAGGCUCAGAAUUGCCUUGCAAACUGCUGAAGCAUUGACCUAUUUACACUCCGCGGCGCACACUCCCAUCUACCAUAGAGAUGUCAAGUCAACCAACAUCCUUCUGGACAGUGAUUUGAACGCAAAAGUUGCAGAUUUUGGGCUGUCCAGGUUGGCUUGUCCGGGGUUGAGUCAUAUCUCGACAUGUGCUCAGGGAACAUUAGGGUACUUAGACCCCGAAUACUAUCGGAACUAUCAGUUAACUGACAAGAGUGAUGUUUAUAGCUAUGGCGUUGUGCUGCUUGAGCUUUUAACAUCACAAAAAGCCAUUGAUUUCUCACGCGAUCAUGACGACGUGAACUUAGCCAUUUACGUGAGUGUAAGAGCCAACAAUGGUGUUGCUAUGGAGGUAGUGGAUCCCCGGCUGCUUAGCGAAGAGCCUUCGGGGAAUACAGUGGCAAGUGUAAAGCUUUUCUUAGAGCUUGGACUUGCAUGUCUGAAGGAAAAGAAGGGAGAUAGACCAGCCAUGAAGGAUGUUGUUCAAGAACUCCACUGCAUAAUUCAAGUUUUAGAUCAACAAGUGGUUCAUAAUUAAUGACAUUAUUAGUUAUCAUGAAAUUAUAUCCAUGUACUAUGUAAGUAUAGUAGUAGUAGAGUUUGAAAAUGUUCUCACGUAACUUGUUAUGUUGCCAGAUUGUCAACUUAGACUAUUCACUGAACGAACAAAUUUCGUCAGAUAAUAUAUGUACAUUAUUUCUUUGAAUAUUCAUGUUGUAAAAUAAAGGAGUGGAGAUGAAGGCCAAAGAAUCAUUGUUGGAGCAGCCCACAGAAGCCAAAGUAGUGAUUCCAUUCCAAGGAAGGAAGGAUUGGUUUUGGAUGGAUGGAAAAAACUAGGGCUCUUGGGAUCAGAUGCUUUCUUUGGAUUUUGAUUGGUUGCCAUGGACACACGAAAAAAAAGAUUAAUUAAAAGAAAGGUUCUAAAAGACGCUAAGUGCUAGUCUGGCGGUGGGCUG